UCUCUUUCUAGAAAAGUGCCCAAUUUCAUGCAGGGGCUUGAAGAAAGCAAGGGAUGCCCGCGUGGCCCGUCAACAAGUUCAACCUUGACCAUUUUGUAUUAGAACCGUUUUUUUAUUAAUCUGUCAUCAUUCUGUGCUCCGGAUUUCAUACUGGCAUCAUCUAUUUUGGCCUUGAAUAGCUUUCAACCCGUUUCAGCCUUUGCUUAAGGGUCAAAUACGCCCUUUUUUUGAAACUGCCCUACCUUAACUGUUCUACCCUGUAGUUUUAAACCCCAUGCCUUAAAUCUUUGCUCAAGUUUCUCCAUGCCCUUGCGCGACUCGCCUACUGACUACCGAGAGACUAGGCUAGGUGGAUAGGCUGGGCAAUUGACCGUGUGACGUAUUUUCAGCAGACCACGAUUUAGAGCCCCCUAGCUUCGGACGCGGAACGUAGGCCAUGUUAUUCGAGAACCAUGCCCUCCGCUAACGAAACUAUGGCCGAUAACCCACGAUCGCCCUCAAGCAACAAGUCGAGGACCAUCCGAUCCCAAAAGAUCGCUCCGUCCUCCGCCGACGGCGACAGUGGAAACGAGGCCCAAGACCGAGCUGCUGCCCCUACCCGAAGCCACACACCAGGUCACCUCUCAUCCAAGAGCCAGGGAACUUCCUCGAGUAAACGCAAGGCAUCCGAGCCCUCGAUACGUUCACGUUCGCAGUCCGUCUCUAAUAAAUCCGCGUUUGCCGUGCCACCGCCCCAGUCUGCUCCGACGCCUAUCCCUACUCUCACCCUUCGGCGCCAUGGUGACUAUACUACUCCCAUACCGUCUGAUCCGCCGGUCGGAUCAUCUAGCCUAGACGAUGGGCGGCGGCCGGUAGCUAUGCGCUCGACAUCGGCCAUCGCCGGCCGGGCCACGACUGCGAGCACGGGGUCGGGAGCCUCUGGUGGAUCUCGCAAGGCGUCCGCCGCUCCACGGCCGCGUGGUCCCCAUGUCCCCUUUCCACCUCUCCAAGAUCCCAAGACAGCACCCGAUGUGCCCGCUGCACCUUCAUCAGGCAUGUAUUGGUCGCGAGCACCGGUAUCCGGAGCCCCCCACACUCCACUCCGUGCACACACGACGACUCUAAUCGGGAGCAACGUAUACGUCUUUGGGGGUUGCGACUCGCGUGCCUGUUUCAACGAGCUAUAUGUCUUAGAUGCGGACUCGUUCCACUGGAGUAGCCCACAUGUGUCGGGCGAUAUACCUGUUCCACUGCGUGCCAUGACGUGCACAGCCGUUGGUAAGAAAUUGGUGGUGUUUGGUGGUGGAGACGGCCCGGCUUAUUAUAACGACGUGUACGUGCUGGAUACGGUUAACUUUCGGUGGCAUCUGCCGCGGAUAGUAGGGGACCGGACGCCGAGUGCGCGGCGAGCGCAUACGGCCUGCCUGUAUAAAAACGGCAUCUAUAUGUUUGGCGGUGGAGACGGAAUACGUGCUCUGAACGAUAUAUGGCGGCUCGAUGUCACAGAUGUGCAUAAGAUGAGCUGGAAGCUAGUAUCAAGCCCCUCGCCAACCAGCUCGAAUGGAGCGGCAGUCAAAGAUACUAGCCGACCUAAAGCGCGGGGCUACCACACAGCGAAUAUGGUAGGAAGCAAGUUGAUCAUCUUUGGAGGAUCUGACGGCGGCGAGUGCUUUAAUGACGUAUGGGUAUACGACGUGGACACGCAUGCCUGGAAGGCGGUGCACAUCCCCGUGACGUUUAGGCGGUUGUCACACACUUCGACGAUCGUAGGCUCAUAUCUAUUCAUCGUCGGGGGCCACGACGGCAAUGAGUACUCCAACGAUGUGCUGCUUCUCAACUUGGUUACCAUGACUUGGGACAAGCGGAGAGUAUACGGCCUCCCCCCCAGCGGCCGCGGAUACCAUGGCACUGUGUUACAUGAUAGCCGGCUCAUCGUAAUCGGUGGCUUCGACGGCGGUGAGGUUUUCAGCGACGUCUGGAUCCUCGAGUUAGCUGUACACGCGUAUUACUCGCAGAUAAGCCAUUUUACUAUCGAAGUCUAGGCCAAACUCGAGUUUACCGCUGCGAGUUUGGAGAAUCUUGGUUCGGGCUGCUAGCAUCCAAGGGGCCGCUGAAGGUCAGAUUUAUGCGGCCAUGUUGGUUUAUUUAUCAGCCUAGUCUAGCGUGGACUUUGGACUAUAUUACAUAUCAUUCUGAUAGCGUUGUUCUUUGUCUAAGACGGCCCAAUUUGGGCCUUUAUUUCAUCAAGUGCCAUCCAUGUCUACGCAAGGACACCCCAUCCUGGGGGCUCUUUUGGCCACCUGUAGGCCGUUGUGGAUAGAUGGGGGCUACAUAUCUACGCAAAUGUAGCUAUUAGACAUCAUUUUGAAUUGGGAUCGGGAUGAUAUUAUUGCUUUGAGCGUGCCGUUGCUGAUCUUGGGUCUUUUGGGGCGCCGGGACACGUAAAAUGGGUAAAGAAAGGUGGAUUGAUAUCUUGUACAGUCGGAUCAGGUCACAGGAUGGCAUACAAAUCCAGUACCUACAAGUAAUAUGGUCCA